AAAAAAGAAGAAAAGAAAAGAAAAGGCAGGAAUUGCUGGGCUUUGUUGGCUGGCCUGGUGAUGUGCCAAUCGUUCCAGGGUUCUUUCUCUCUUUAAAAAGAGCUGAGCUCGCUGCUGCCGCAGGCAUCCUACGACUAGCAGUAGGGUGUGCGUGGCAAGGGGAGGAGGAGGAGGUGUACACUGCACGGCUGGGCUGGGAGGAGGCAUCUUCUUGUCCAGCUUGGAACUCCAAGGAUCAUCCACCAUUCUCUUCUCUUCUCAUAGCAUAGGUUGCCACUGGUUUGGUUGGUUUGUCGAGGGACAGAGGCAGCUGGCAUUUCUUCUUUGCCCAUUCUCCCUCCCACCACCUGCCUUGUGAAAUGGGAAAUAUAUAUACUCCAUAGAUUGAUACUAGACUAGGCACACUACUGCUUGCUCUUCCAUGGCGGUGCCCUCCUCACCGUCUUCCCCUCCGGAGAGGAGGAGGAAUUGGCUCCGCGGGAACCGAAAGCAGCAGAUCAUCGCCGAGUACCUCGCCGGCGCGCGGGCAACUCUCGCCGCGGCGGCGCAGGACGAGGGAGGCGGCGAUGACGCGGCGGCGGCGGCGGCGCUUGGACUAGUGGACGAUGUACUGGAGAUGUCGCCGCGCAUGGAGGCGGCCUUGGAGCUCCGGGCGCGCUGGCUCCUCGCGCUCCGGCGCUACCGCGACGUCGCCGACAUGCUUCGCGACUACAUCCCCAGCUGCACCAAGACUUGCCCCGGCGAUGACGCCACCACGGCCACUUCCUCCUCCUCGUCCUCCUGCUCAUCAGGCAACCUGGUCGGCGCCUCCCGCACGGAGUUGCUAUCCCCUGGCCGUGACCGCUCCGACGCUGCCUCCGGGGCGACCCGCUUCCUCUGCUGCUUCGACAUUUCCGAGCUGAAGCACCGUGUCGUCGCCGGCUUCUCCAAGAACACCACUGCCGAGACCCAGUGGAGAUACUUGAUCUUGGGCCAAGCUUGCUUCCACCUCGGAUUAAUGGAGGACGCCGCCGCGCUGCUCCAGACCGGGCGUCGCCUCGCCUCGGCGGCGUUCCGACGGGAGAGCGUGUGCUGGUCGGAGGACAGCUUCUCCCCUUCCAACCUGACGGCCAACGCCAUGUCCGUGCCGGCCAGCCGAAGAGCCUCCAAGUCCGGCGCGGCGUCAGGAACAGUGCCAAGCGACGCGGAGUCGGUGUCGCAGCUCCUCGCGCACGUGAAGCUCCUGCUCCGCCGGCGCGCCGCCGCGGUGGCGGCGCUGGACGCUGGCCUCCCUGCCGAGGCCGUGCGCCAUUUCUCCAAGGUGCUCGACGCACGCCGUGGCGUGCUCCCGCACCCUUUCGCCACCGCUUGCCUCGUCGGACGCGCCGAGGCGUUCCGCUCGUCGGGGCGACCAGCCGACGCCAUUGCCGACUGCAACCGCGCCCUCGCACUUGACCCGGCGUUCAUCCCGGCGCUCCGCUCGCGCGCCGACCUUCUCGAGGCGGUGGGGGCACUCAGUGACUGCCUCCGCGACCUUGAACACCUCAAGCUACUCUACGACGCCGCGCUACGCGACGGCAAGCUGCCCGGGCCGACGUGGCGGCCUCAGGGCGGCGUUCGCUUCAGUGAGAUCGCCGGCGCGCACCGCGCGCUCACCCUGCGCAUAAAGCAGCUCCGCGGGCGCGUGGCCGCCGGCGAGGCGUGCAGCGUGGAUUACUACGCCCUCCUCGGUGUGCAGCGUGGGUGCACGCGGUCGGAGCUGGAGCGCGCGCACCUCCUCCUGACGCUCAAGCUGAGGCCCGACCGAUGCGCGUCGUUCGCCGAGAGGCUGGAGCUCGUGGACGAACACCGCGACCUGGUGGCCGUGCGCGACCAGGCGCGCAUGUCGGCGCUGUCCCUGUACCGAAUGCUGCAGAAGGGCUACUCCUUCAUCAUGUCCGUCGUGCAGGACGAGGAGGCCGUAGAGAGGCAGAGGGCCAAGGACGCCGCCGCCGCCGCCGCCGCAGCAGCUGCUGCUGCUGCUGCCUUGGCCACCGCUGCAGCGUCGGCGCGGGAGCAAGAAGAGACAGCCGCCGUGCCGGAGAAGCCCAAGUUCAGCAGUGUGCCUAUCGCGAAUGUUGAGGUCAAAAUUCAGGUUCCUCAGGCAGCAGCAGCAGCGGCCAUGGUCGCGGCGGCGACGAGCAGUCCGGUGUUCCAGGGCGUGUUCUGCCGCGACAUGGCGGUGGUCGGGAGCCUGCUGUCCCGCGGCGGGUUCGACCGGCCGAUGCCGGUGAAGUGUGAGGCGAUGAGCUGCUGAUCGAUGGCGGCAAUUUGCUGCUGUACUAGCGUAGGACGGCGGAAGAAGAAAGAGGUGGCGUGGCGUGGCCGUGGCGGGAAAAGGCAGAACAUUGUUAGGUUGAUUCCAAAUCUGCACCGGUUCUGUUGUGGAAUGUGUACAGCUCAAAAUGGCGCUUUCCAGCGGGGAAAUGGAAAGAGGAGGAGGCAGCUGUUCAAAAAUUUUGGUUUUGUCUUUGUUUUGUACUGUAUUGUACUUGUAGAGACUGUCCACUACUACUCUCUAGCUCUUGUGAAAUCUCUCUCUUGGCACUGCAAAUUUUGUACAGAUUUCAAUUGAAUUUUCUCCUCUCAGGAUCCUGCACUGAUGUAAUACUAGUAUUAGUAGGAGCACAUUUUACCUGCAGCAGCAGGAUACCUCCAACCGAAGGCGAUGCUCCUCUGCUCUGUUCAUGUCACCAAGAUAAUUAGAGAAGAGAGUGUCAAGCAUCUGCAUGGGGAUAAGUCCGAAUUCUGAGGGCUUUUUCUGAAGGAGUGGCCAUGCUCUGUGACGGCGGAUGAUGCGAGAUGGGCAACAACACCAGCAGCAGCAGAUCUCGCCCCCGGUCCCAAUGGUGCAGCACAGCCAAAAGUCGCCCGUUUUGAGCCGCAGAUAGAGGUGCAGAGGGGCAGCAGCGCGUGAGCCACAGCUUUGCUGAACCCGGCCAUGGCUGACCACCGUAUAUACAUUCAUCAGUCUCACACAUGGCCAUCUUCUUGUUUGUGAAAAACUCAUCGUCAUGCCCAUGCUGCAUAUGGUCCAUUGGUCCCUCCAUAUAUACCUGUUGCUGCUGAAUGAAUGAACGAAUGAAAGGAAAUGGAAGUAACAAUGGUGGAGUAACAUCCUAUGCGCCUUUUCUUAAAGCGCACAAAUUUGGACAUAAUCCGAUGACAAAUCUGGUGCGUGUGUGUGCAGAAAAAGUCCUUGAGACUGCACAGUUGUUGUGCAUGGCAAAAAAAUUUCUACGAGUACUGCACUGCACAAAGGACCUUCACCUUCUCCUUUUGAGACAAAGCUUUUAAUAAGAUUUGUUCUGAUGAUCCAGCUAAUCUGUAUAGCUAUUGAUGAAUGAUGCUGGAUGGGUAUAUCUAAUCCUCAAUUUCUCUCUGCAAGCUGCAAAUGCAUGCAGCGAAACCAGAUCUGGAUUGCAAGGAAGGAAUUGGAUCUGUUGCACCA